ACUUUUAUUUUGAAAGUGGCCUUAUUCAGGGUUUAUUUAUGGGGCAGAAUAACGCGCGCGUGUGCAUGUUUAUGUCAACAAGCCUAUAAUUCACUGCUCUUUAUUAAACACACUGCAGCCAGACUCUGUUUAUUAGUGUCUGCCUGUGCUUCUGUCUGCAGUUGUGGAUCUGUCGUGUUUAUUUUAACCCAGAAGAACAGAUUGCGGGUUGCCCUACAUUUGCCAUUUUUUUUUUCUCAAGGACUGAUCAUAUUAUCUCAGGAAUCAUGAGUUCUCAGGUGAGGCAGAACUUCCACCAGGAGUGUGAGGCGGCAAUAAACCGUCAGAUUUACCUGGAGCUCUACGCCUCAUAUGUGUAUCUGUCCAUGGGCUAUUAUUUUGACAGGGAUGACAAGUCUCUGCCAAACUUUGCCAAGUUUUUCCACGAUCAGUCGAAGGAGGAGCGAGAGCACGCGGAGAAGCUGAUGAGUCUGCAGAACCAGAGAGGAGGACGGAUCUUCCUGCAGGACAUCAAGAAGCCGGAUCGGGAUGAGUGGGGCAGUGGUCUGGAAGCUCUAGAAUGUGCUCUGGCUCUGGAAAAGAGUGUCAAUCUGUCUUUACUGGAGCUUCACAAGGUGGCGACUCAACACAAUGAUCCUCAUGUGUGUGAUUUUCUGGAGACGCAUUACCUGGAUGAGCAGGUGAAGUCCAUCAAGGAGCUGUCGGAUUGGGUGGGCAGUCUGCGGCGCAUGGGAGCCCCUCAAAACAACAUGGCUGAAUAUCUGUUCGACAGACACACUCUGGGCAAAGAAAGCUCUUAGACGAUCAGCCAGCCAUAUGCAGGAAAAUCUGCUGUAGUUUAUAGAGAUACUGAACCCUUCACAAGCCAUAGCUGAUGUCCAAAUAACAUAUAUACGCCACAUGUAUUACUGUAAUACUAUGCAAUAUUCUACAUAUGUAAUCAAUCAAGUGAGGUGAUCUUAAUAAAUCUGCCUCCAACUGUGAA